UCCUCCUCUCCAAGAGACUCCAGUCCCUCUCACUCAACCUCUCAGAUCUUCACGCUCUGCUACCAGUGGAACAAAGACAAAGUGAAGGCGGCCUAUUAGGGUUUUCAAAGGACUGCUUCUUCAGGUUUCUAAUUCAAGUACCUGGGGUCUUAUUUAUUGUCUGCUGAGAUGGGAAAGACCCCUGGAAAAUGGAUCAGGACCCUACUUGGGAAGAAGUCAUCAAAGUCAAAUUUGUCAAAAGGAAGAGCAAAAUUGGAUUCUGCAAAUGAAGAGGAGUCACUGAUCGCAUCACAUGUAAUGGUGGAUCCUCCAUUGGUUUCAGCCCAAAUUCCUGGGACGAGUGCAAGAGAUGUGGUGGAUUCAGACAAGGGGAUGACUGUCAAAUUAUCAAAUGAUCAUUUAAAUCCUUUGUCCUCAAAAGAGAAUGAAGAUGAUCAACUGAACAUAAAUUCGGGUCCACCAGAAGAUUAUGAGAGUACCAAGCAUGAGCAAGCUGCAAGAAAAGUGCAGGCUACUUUUAGAGGUCAUCAGGCUCGUAGGGCAUUUAAAACUCUUAAGGGUAUCAUAAGGCUGCAAGCUGUUAUUCGUGGUCACUUGGUUAGAAGACAAGCUGUUGCCACGUUAUUCUGCAUCUGGGGAAUUGUUAAGUUUCAGGCAAUUGCCCGAGGUAGAAAGGUCAGAUCUUCAGAUGUUGGGAAUGAGAUCCAGAGAAAAUAUCCAGGAAUACUUCAGGUAGUUUUUCCGGUCACUGAUACCUUGUAUAUCCAUCACUUUCAGUUUCUGGCUCCAGCACCAACUGUACUACCUUUACAGCUUCAAUACACUCCAGGGGAACCUAACUCAGCCUGGGAAUGGCUUCAACGUUGGACAAGAUUGCGCUUUUGGGAACCUUCUUUGCCAGUGAAUAAGAAUGUUGGUUCAAAUUCCAAGACAAAGAGUGGAAAUUCUAAGACAGUUGAAACCCAACCAGGAAGACGGAAGCAAGGUGUUAGGAAGGUGUCCAGUGUGAAUUCUGAAAGCAGUCCAAAUCAAUCUACUUCAGGGAAAGAAAAACCUAAACGCUAUGUGAGAAAGGUUUCUGAACAACCCAUAGAUUCAGUUCGCGAGCAUCCUAAAAAUGACACUUACAAGCUUAAGCAACAUGCAAGAAAAAGUACAGAUUCAACAAGGGAAGUUUCUUCUGACUUAUUUGAGGUUAGUAAUGAGAAACCAAAGUAUAGUCUUAGGAGUGUUUCAAAAUCUGCAGUCUCAGAUAUUUCUGGGAAGGCUGCUGGUGAAUCUGCUGAGAAGAGGAAAGGUAUGAUUGUGGCAACAGCAAAACAGACUGAUGUUGAGACCGAUAAGAAAUUAGAAGUUUCGGAUAAUUCAUUGAAAGAGUUAAAUGACAAUCACACUAUUGGCUUGCAUACUGUCGAGAUCACUGGUAAAAUUGGAAGCAUCAGAGGGACAAAUACCGAGUUAUGCUCUAAAGGUGAUAGCAUCAGCAAUGAGAACUCACAAGCAAGUGAACGAAGAGCUUCUUUACCCGCAAAGAUGGUGGAUAAUCAAGACAGUGGAUUGCAUAGCGCUCGGAAAGUUCCUAGUUAUAUGGCACCAACUGAAUCUGCUAAGGCCAAGCUGAGAGGACAAGACUCCCCUAGGUUUUCAGAAGAUGGUUUUGAGAAAAAUGGUUUAACACGGCGGCAUUCUCUCCCAUCUUUGGCCAAUGGAAAAUUCAGUUCAUCAUCUCCAAGAGCUGUGAGGUUGGUUCAAGGCUCUGGCAAAGGAUUGAUCAACAGUGAGAGAUCACUAUCAUCUUCUAGAGAUGGUUGUGAUAAGACAAUCAGGGCUGAGUGGAGGAGGUGAUUUCGCUGUAGCAGAGCCAAUUUUUAACAUUCCUUCAGAGGGGAAAAUACAUGCAACUUUUCUUCAAAUUUUAUUUAUGUUCAUUAGAAAGUUGUUGUAUAACUAUAUUUUACAUCAAUUAAUUCUUUGGCAUCUAUAGCCGCUUUCUUUAAGUUUCCUGGUACUUUGGGCAUGUAGGUGAGUAAAUAUAUUUAGGCUUUUCACUUAAUGAGUUGGUUCUUUUUCAGGUCUGCUGUAUAAAUUUAUGUUUUGUACUUCUUUGCCUUCAUACAGAAGAUACUAAGAUAUGAAAGGUUUCUCAUUUUGAACUAUA